GACUUUCUGGGUGAGCCCUUCUCGCAGCAGGUGGAGGGGGCGCGAAAGUGGCGGGAGACGGUGGCCCACGAUUACAAGCACAUGGACCUGGGUGAAGAAAGCCUCGUGCAAAGAGUGUGCAGACUCGAUGGCACACUGAUUGUGGCUACUCAACAGACGCAUUUGUUGGACCAGAUCAAUGCUUUCAUCGGCCUAGGCAGGGAAGAUCUCGAGGCGCCUUAUUUUCAACCGGGAGUACUCCUCUGCAUGAUGUGCAUCCUUCUGUGGUGCCUUUACCUGGUCAAUGAAUUCCGGCUGGUCAUCUUUUCUUUGGAGGCUGUUUCGCAGAUUCCUCGCUCCUUUCAGACCCAAUGGCAGGGCCGAGGAG